CCCUCCUCCCCUGUGAGGUGUGAACCCGUCAAAACCUCAAUGGGAACGUUUGCAUUAUCAUACGCGCUUCCUUGCGUUUCAAUUUUGGAUUUUCUGAAAUACCAGUGCCCGAAAGUUUGGCUACAUGUUAUGCCAAGUGAAUCGUAUUCUGCGCGUUUUAUUUUUUGUCAGAUCAUUUGUCUUAUCUCAAGCGGAUAAAUUGCAUCACCCCUGGAGUUUUGGAGGGUCAUGUCUUAGAUGGGAUACAUGUUUUGUCAAAUUAACAUAAAAAGUAUAUAUCUUUUGAAGUAACACUUUGCUUAACGAACCUUAUUGUCCUAACUUGCUACGUUAAUUAUCCUAACCUGCUGCGUAAAUUCUCCUAAACCUCUACGAAAAGUCAAAAACCAUUUUGGAGGAGCACAUGAAUGCGGAUAUAGGUAAACUAGUACUUGCCUUAAGGUAAUCAUUCUGAAUCCUAAGAAUGUUGUAGUAGUGAUUGUUUUGUUAUAAUUCACCACACUCGAUCUACACGAGAGGAGAGAAAGUAACGUUUAUUUUACGCUUUAAUGAGUCCAGUGGUUUAGAGAAUUCUAGAACAAUAUGGGAAGCACAGCAAAUGACUCCAAGAAGAGAUACAUGAAGAUGACACCUAGAAAGAAGAGGACGCUUCGACUGAACAUGCCUGACCUCAGCUCGUUUGCCAUGCCCUUCUUGGAGGGAGAUGCCGACCAUGUGGAUACGGACGGCAUACGGAAGGGUGAAGGGAGUUGCCUCUCAGCCAGCCCGACUAAAGGCUUCUUCACCCGGGGACCCUUCAGUCGGCCCUCCAGUCCCAAGUCAGCCCCUGCCAGGAGCAAGAACAGCCCGGGCUCCCCCAAAACCAUCUUCCCCUACCCUUCGUCCCACCAGCACUCCCCACCCAAGUCGGCUCGUCGCCUGAGCUUCAGCGGCAUCUUCCGCUCCUCCUCCAGGGACUCUACCUCUAACUCCACCACCACCUCUCCCGUCAGCGUCAAGCUCUUCUCCAGGCCCAGGAAAGCCUCCGGGAUCUCCUCGCCCCCCUCGACUCCCCCAACGCAGGCCGCCAAGCAGCCGCCGGCAUUCCUGUUGGAGGCCUAUCAGAGCGAGCCGGAGAGGCUGGAGGCACGGAUGCGCUCCUACUCUUCCCCGCCGGACACCGGGCAACGCUUCAGUCUACCCUGCGCCAAACCACCCAUGGCUCCCUCCGCCCCCAUUGCUACCUCACAAUCACCACCAGUCGAGGGUUUAGCUGAAGGCAUGCUGGAUAAACUUGAUCUAGAAGAUGAAGCUGUUGAAGAAUCCGAAAGUGAUAUCUACAUGCGCUUUAUGAAGUCGCACAAGUGCUAUGACAUUGUUCCUACCAGCUCCAAGCUCGUGGUUUUUGACACUACUCUGCAAGUAAAGAAGGCUUUCUUCGCCUUGGUUGCCAACGGGGUGCGGGCAGCCCCACUAUGGGAGACAAAGAAGCAGAGCUUUGUCGGAAUGUUAACCAUCACAGACUUCAUCAACAUCCUCCACAGAUACUACAAGUCUCCCAUGGUACAAAUAUAUGAGCUGGAGGAACAUAAGAUUGAAACGUGGAGAGAGCUCUACCUACAAGAAACGUUUAAGCCGUUAGUGAACAUAUCACCUGAUGCAAGUAUAUUCGACGCGGUGUACUCGCUCAUCAAGAACAAGAUCCACCGGCUGCCCGUCCUCGACCCGGUCAGCGGCAACGCACUUUAUAUCCUCACGCACAAGAGGAUCCUCAAGUUCCUCCAGCUCUUCGUGUGUGAGAUGCCAAAGCCUGCCUUUAUGAAGCAGACCCUGGAGGAGCUGACCAUUGGCACCUACCACAACAUCGCCUUCAUCCACCCUGACACACCCAUCAUCAAGGCCCUCAACAUCUUUGUGGACCGGAGGGUGUCCGCACUACCAGUGGUGGACGAGUCGGGGAAAGUUGUGGAUAUCUAUUCCAAGUUUGAUGUCAUUAACCUUGCUGCUGAGAAGACCUACAACAACCUGGACAUCACAGUGACCCAGGCUCUGAGGCAUCGCUCGCAGUACUUUGAGGGCGUCAUGAAGUGCAACCGGCUCGAGACACUGGAGACCAUCGUGGACAGGAUAGUCAAAGCAGAGGUCCACAGGCUGGUGGUGGUGGGGGAGAAUGCCCGCAUCGUGGGCAUCGUGUCCCUGUCGGACAUCCUGCAGGCCCUGGUGCUCACCCCUGCAGGCAUCGGCAGGAAGAGCAGCCAACCACAAUCAAAAGCGGAGGUUUUGUGAACAGAACCAAGGGAUGUCGGUGGCUCUCCGAAAACUAUACCAAUCCCCCCCUGCAACUUAUGAUGUCCCUGUGACAGUGGGCGGAGCUGGCUGUCCUGCCUUUAACUUCAUUGGUGCCUUUCGAGAGAGAGAUUUUUGAAAAAGUAUUUUUGAAAGAGAGGUGAUGGUAUGAUGACUUUGUUGUUCAAUGCAAUUCAAGAAGCAGCGGCUGCCUGUAUACAGUAUAUCCUAAAUGUAUCUAUACUUCUCCAGUUAUUUGGAGGCAUGCAAGAUAUAUCUUGUACUGUGGAUCAAUCAUACUGUAAAUAUAGAGAAACCUUUGUACUGAGGAAACUUUAAAUGCCAGAGAAAGGACAGUUAUUUUUCUGUUUAGUCAAUACUGUAAGAUCAUAUUCUUUGUAAUAUUUACUGCUUUUCUUGUCAUUCAGGUUGUGGAGUAUAUUGUUGAUAGUCUCAGUUAAGUGGUUUAUUCAUUGAAAAUGAACAGCAUGAGUACGACAUAAUAUAUGUUGUAGAUUUCUGUUAUUUAAUUUUUUAUUUUGCGGUUUAAAAAAGUAAUAAAACAUACUACUGAA